AUGGCAGACGCCAACAAGAACCGGGUGAUCAAGGCGGGCGGGGUGGAGGUGGUGCUCAACGGCCUCCGCAAGCACGGCAACCGGGCCGAUGUCACCGAACGCGCCUGCGCGCUCAUCCAAAACAUUGCGGUCUUCGCGCGUGGACGCGUGAAGCUGGUGAAGCAGGGCGGGAGCACCUGCCUGAUCGUCGCCAUGCGCAGCCACCCCACCCACGUCGGAAUCCUCCAGCGAGCCACUGGCGCCCUCUGGAAUCUGGCCUUGGACAGUGCAAACAGGAGUGUGAUCGUCAAGGGCGGGGGCCGGGAGUGCGUGGAGGCGGCGGCUCAGUUGCCCGAGGUGGAGACGAUCGCGCGGAAGACGCUCAAGAUGCUGGACGGGGAGAUGAUGGCGCUCAUGGUCGACGCCGCGCUCCCCAAGGGCCUCAAGAAGCUGGCCCACAUCGACCCGCUGGGCCUGUCGUCCAACGGCAACAAGACCCGGCAGAAGAAGAAGAACACCGUGACCGCCGACGAUCACAAGGAGAAGAGGCCCGAGGCAGCGACCGUGAUUGAAGGGCAGGAGGAGGGCGAAAGCGGGGAGGCCUACAGUGAUGACCACUACGAUCAGGGAAGCGGGGAUCGUGGCGAAAGCGAGGAAGACGACGACGAAGAUGACGAGGAAAGCAGUGACGAGUGA